AUGCUCAGCAAAAAGCAACUUUAUAUUGAAAGUAAACAAUUUACAGUUUCACUAUCACAAACAAAAAAACAAUCUGAAUUAAUUGAUAUCAAGUCUGCUUUACCAAAUUCAACCAGGUCAGGAUUGAUGAAAACAUUGCCAAAUGAAGUCUGUUUUAAAUCUUCUUGCUUGCCAAAUGAUGAAUAUAUUUGCAAUGAUUUUGAUGAAACAAAUAAUACAAUUGAAAAAGGAGAAAAUAACCAUAUUUGUUUUCAAGAUUAUCUGCAUACGUUUCUUCUUUAUUUAAAAAGUCCGUCUGGAGGAAAGAAAGAUCCCCAAGCUGCAUUAAAUGAAAUGCAUCAAAUUAGAAGAAUAGUAGAAGUCAUUUCACCUAACUCUUUAAUGCUACACAAUUUGACUACUAUAUGUUAUACAAGUCUUUUAGACCUUAAACUGCUACAAGAGAAAUGGUUUCCCUAUGCUAAACAAAAAGGUUAUGAACCAGGUACUCAACGUUCCUAUUUGUUAUCAUUGAGUCACUUUAUCAAUUUUCUUCUUCGCUCUAAACUAACUCCAACUGUUCCUAAUGUUGUUCCUUGUAUUCUAACCGCUGACGUUCUUAAUGUUUGUCAGAAGGAAAACAGCAAUUGGAAAACAUCAUUGCGUGGCGAAGAAGCACUAUGAGAAUACGAUGUUAUGAUGGAAGAUGCAGAAAAUAUAAUUCCAAAGGAAUCUUUUCAAGCUAUAAUUAAAAGUGAUUUUCAUCAGGAAAUUGUAAAAAGCGUUAAUUUUAUUUAUAUUAAUUACAAAAACAGACCAUCAGAAUUUCUAGUUACUCGAACACUGUUUACCAAUAUCAGAGACUGUAUUUUCUUUGGUUU